CUCAAAACUUCAACAGUUUUAGCAGCAACAACUGUCCCAGCGAUCCCUCUGUUUAUCGUCUUCAUUCAUUCGCAUUUUAGCCUCAACAGAUUCUGUUACUGGCCACUAUUCCUCAGUGAAGGUUUUGCCUUAGGGUGGAGGUGCAAUGAGAUUGGAAAAAUGCUGGUUCUGCUCUUCUACCAUAUACCCUGGACAUGGAAUCCAGUUUGUUCGUAAUGAUGCAAAGAUUUUUCGAUUUUGUAGAUCGAAAUGCCACAAGAAUUUUAAAAUGAAGAGGAACCCUCGGAAAGUAAAAUGGACAAAGGCAUAUAGGCGAGUGCAUGGCAAGGAUAUGACAAAGGAUUCAACCUUUGAGUUAGAGAGAAAGCGAAACAGGCCUGAGAGAUAUGACAGAAAUCUUGCUGAGAAAGUCCUCAAGUCCAUUCCAGUGAUUGAUAAAAUCAGAAUCAGCAGGGAAGAGCGACACCAUAAGAAUAGGAUGAAAGGCAAGAAGCACAAGUUCCAGAUGGAGGCAGUUAGGGAGUUGAAGCAGGGCAUCAGUCUGGUCAAAGCUCCUUCUGUCCUUCAAAAGGAGCCUUCUCUCACUCUACCGAAGAUCAAAGUUGGGGUUUCCCAACAACAAUCAGAGGACAAUCAUCUCAUGGAAGAGUGA